CAAGGCUACCUAUAGCUCAGCCCUCCAACAGACAAGGCUUCAGAUCCCAGCAGUGGCCCUGAACGCUGGACCACAAACCCCAGGAGCAGCAGACUGACAUCUGAUCGACAGCAAGCUCAGAAGCUCUGUGAGGUACAGAGAGACCACAGCCAUGUCCCACGGGUUCACUAAGGAGCAGGUGGAUGAGUUCCAUGCAGCUUUUGAUAGGUUUGACAAGAACAAGGACGGCCACAUCAGUGUCGAGGAACUGGGUGAUGUGAUGAAGCAGCUGGGCAAGAACCUCUCAGAGGAAGAGCUGAAGGCACUCAUCUCCAGAGUGGACACAGACAGCGAUGGCACCAUCAGCUUUGACGAAUUCUUGGCGGCAAUGGCCAAGUAUAAGAGAGGAAGCACUGAGCAGGAGAUGCGGGCUGUGUUUAGCGUCUUUGACCAGGACGGUGAUGGGCAAAUCACUGUGGAUGAGCUCAAGAAGGCCAUGUCUCAGCUGGGAGAGACGAUUUCACAGGAGGAGCUGGAUGCCAUGAUCCGUGAGGCUGAUGUGAACCAGGAUGGGAAGGUGAACUAUGAGGAGUUUGCGCGCAUCCUCAAUGAGAAGUGAGACUGCCGGGGUGCAAGCCCCACCCGAUCUCUAUCUGCCUGACUCAGGCCCAACAGGCACUGUGCCUUCUUUUAGGGCUUCUCUUCUGUGUUGGUGUAUGGGAAA